GCUAGUAGGCUACUCUAGUUGGUGACAAGAAUACCAAAGUGUUGCUGUCAGUCAUUUCCCUUUAAAUGGCCGCGCAGUGUCAGAUGUGGAAGUGCACGAUUCGGGUGACAGAGGGGACAUAACUGGGUAACUGGAAGAUCUGACAAUGAUUAAGAUGGAAGAAGAAGACGGAGAAGGCAAGCAGGCUGAAGAGCAGCUUCGCUGCCGCUAUGACGAGCUUUGCAGCAGCCUUAAUAUGGAUGAGAGGGCCCGGGGGGAGGCCUGGGAGAAUUACAGUAGGAUUAGCCAGAACUAUACUCUAGAGGGAAAUGAUCUGCACUGGCUCGCAUGUGCAUUGUAUGUUGCCUGUAGGCAGACAAUUCCAACAGUUGGAAGAGGAACAGUUGAAGGAAAUUAUGUAUCCUUGACACGAAUUCUAAGCUCUUCGCAACUGAGUUUGAUUGAGUUUUUUAACAAAAUAAAGAAGUGGGAAGACAUGGCUAAUUUACCAUCAGAAUUCAGGACAAGAACAAAGAAGCUAGAAAGGAAUUUCACAGUCACUGCGGUGCUGUUCAAGAAGUAUCAUCCAAUUUUUAUAAAAGUUUUCAGGAGCCCACUAGAGGAGCAACCACGCCAGCACAGAGGACGAAAACAAAGACGGCAACCCUGCACAGUGUCUGAAGUGUACCAGUUUUGCUGGGCGCUGUUCAUUCAUACUAAAGGAAACUUUCCUAUGAUUAGUGAUGACUUGGUAAACUCUUAUCAUCUCUUACUGUGUGCUUUGGACCUUGUAUAUGGAAAUGCCCUUCAAUGUCCUAACCGCCGUGAUCUUUUAAACCCAAACUUUCAAGGCCUACCUGAAGAUUUUUGCAGCAAAGAGUAUAAAGCUCCCUCAGAAGCUCCCUGCAUCAUUGAAACACUCUGUGGCCUCCAUGAUGGGUUGGUUCUAGAGGCCAAGGGAAUCAAAGAACAUUUUUGGAAGCCCUACAUACGUAAACUUUUUGACAAAAAGAUACUGAAGGGGAAGUCUGACUCUCUUAUAGGAUUCUUAGAUCCAGGAAACUUUGCAGAUAGUGUGAAAGCUAUAAAUAAAGCAUAUGAAGGUUAUGUGCUGUCUGCUGGGAAUUUGGAUGAAAGAGUUUUCCUGGAGGAUGUGGAGGAAGAAGUUGGGAGCAUAGGACGUUGCCUGAAUCCCUCAUUGGGAAUGGAGUCCGUAGAAAGGGCAAACGUAACAUAUAAUCUACAGCAGAACUUUGACAGGUCUCUUCGGGUCUCCACACCGCUUACCAGAUUAAAAUACAUAAAUGAAUGCAGCCCAUGUACCACUCCUGUGUCAAAUGCCAUGUACUGUGUUAGCCGUCUUUUCACCAUUCUGACUGGAUUAAAACCUGCUCCCAGUGAGAGACUGCUGCAAAUGCUUAGAUCAUGUUCCAGAGAUCCUACCAAGGCAAUAUCCCAGCGGCUAAAGGAAAUGUCAGAAAAAUUUUGUGAGAAUACUGUCGGUGAGGGAGAAAACCAGUUCUGCAUAGAUAUUACAAAAAAGCAUUUUUGCCUUUCUGAAGCGCUGUAUUACAAAGUAUUGGAAUCCAUUUUUGAACAGGAGAAGAAAAGACUGGGUGAUAUAGAUAUGUCGAGCAUUCUGGAACAAGAUGUUUUUCAUCGCUCCUUGAUGUCUUGUUGCCUUGAAAUCACUAUAUUUUCUUACAAGCGUCCUGGAAACUUCCCCAGUAUCAUUGCCAUGUUUGGGCUGGCACCAUAUCACUUUUACAAGGUUAUUGAAGUUGUUAUUAAAGCAGAAGAAGGCCUGUGUCGGGAAGUGGUGAAGCAUCUUAACAACAUUGAGGAACAGAUUUUGGAGUGCAUGGCAUGGACACAUGAUUCACCUUUGUGGGACAAGAUCCAAGAAAAUGAUGGAAAGAUCCCACUAUGCGAGGAGGUCUUGCAUCCACAGCAUUUUGAGAAAUCUGGUGGCAAUGGUACUACAGUAUCUCUUACCCCAAGAAGAAAAAAUGAGAUAAGAGCUGAUGCUUCAGGUUUAGGAAGGAGUGUUCCCUCAUCCCCAGCCACAUUGUGUGAUAGAUACAGCUCUCCUGCCACUGGUCCAGUGCGUCGGCGCCUCUUUGUAGACUCGGAUAGUCCAUCGGAGGCAGGGAGCCCAGCAAAGGCUUCUCCACUUUCCACUGAUACUGUACCAACUCCACCUGUUCCUGGGCAGACUUUGGUAACCAUGGCUACUGCAACUGUCACAGCAAAUAAUGGCCAAACUGUUACUAUCCCUGUGCAAGGUAUUGCCAAUGAAAAUGGAGGAAUCACAUUCUUCCCAGUGCAGGUCAAUGUAAGCAGUCAGCCUCACACUGUAACCAGCUCUGUGCCACCCCUCACUGCUCAGGCUCUUGCAGGCCCACUCAAUCCUCAGCAGAUUCAAGUCACAGGUCAAGUCACUGUUCCACAGCCAGGAUCUCCUGGUCAACAGAAUAAGCAGAAUCUGACCAGCAAACUGAAGAAGGCCGGCUCCUUGACUCUCUUCUGUAGAAGGGUGUACCAUUUAGCCAGCAUCCGUCUCAAAGACCUUUGCCUGAAACUGGAUAUUACAGAUGAACUGCGGAAAAAAAUUUGGACUUGCUUUGAGUUCUCACUUGUCCAGUGUCCUGAACUGAUAAAGGACCGACACUUAGACCAACUGCUGAUGUGUGCUGUGUAUGUGAUCUCCAAGGUGACCAAGGAAGAUACUUCAUUUCACAACAUCAUGAAGUGCUAUCGUACACAACCACAUGCAAGCAGCAAUGUAUACAGAGGCGUUCUCUUAAAGAAAAGAAGAAGAAGGCAGUCAGGAAGCAGUGACCAUAUCCUCCAGCCAGGCUCCCCAUCAGAGAAUACAAAGGAUCUCUGUAGCAGAGAGCCUAGUCCUGUAAUGAGAUCCAGCAGCACUUUACCUGUUCCCCAACCCAACAGUGCUCCCCCAACACCCACACGAAUCCCAGCAUCUGGUAGUGACUUUGUAGAAGAGGAGAGGGGAGAUCUUGUUCAGUUCUACAACACCAUCUACAUUGAGAAAAUCAAAAGCUUUGCAAUGAGAUACUCUCAUGCCAAUUCAAGUGACAGUACACCUCUUUCUCCUUACCCUUCAAUGAGAGCUGUAUCACCAAGACGUAUUCAGCUGUCACAUAUUCAUUCAAUCUACAUCUCUCCCUACAAAGAAGAUGUCACCACUUGUCCUCGUGAGAAGAUCUGCUACUACUUUGACCGUAGCCCAGCAAAGAGGCUACAGGAGAUAAACAGUAUGAUAAGAACUGGAGAGACCCCCACUAAGAAGAGAGGCAUCCUUUUGGAAGAUGGCAGUGAGUCACCAGCCAAGCGUAUAUGCCCAGAAAACCAUAGUGCUCUUAUAAGAAGACUUCAAGAUGUAGCUAAUGACAGAGGGACUCACUGAGCUACGCUACUAAAGUUCUUAUCUCUGCAGUGUUUUAUAUUCUACUAUAUAAAUAAUUGUCAUUUGUGUGAUUUGAUUUAUCAAGAAACUAUUUCCAUUCUUGUAUGUGCCGUAUUGAUAAUGGAGAGAAACAGUCUGCUUAGCUUAAUUGGAAAACUGCUCAAAGUGAAGGCAAUGUGACCUUCGUUAUCUUUUGUUUUAGAAAAGGAUUAUGCUGACUCCAGCCCUUGCUGAUAAAAAAAUCAGCAGUAUUCUAAACGUAUUCUAAAGUCAUCAUGCUAAUAAUGCUAAAAAGAAUAAGGUUGAUAAUAGAUUAUCUUGCAGUAUCGAGCAUUUUAUGUACAGUAUGUAUAAGCUGUUCCCAAUAGACAUAAAAGACCUUCCAGUUUAGACAGUUUAGACACAGAGGGUGAAUUUGACAUUGUAUGUUUUUAACUUCAUAUUUGUGAAGGUGACAGUUUGAGAUACAGUAGCCAGAUCAUAAAUAGAACUUUAAAGUUAAUCACUUCUUAGUAUUAAAAAAAGAACCAAUAAUCUGGUUCAGAAUGCAUAAAGUUUAUAGUAAUAGUUAAGUAUCAAUACAUUGGGGAAUCACCUUCCCCCCUUUUGUUCCUCCCUCAAUUUUAUAUGAGUUCUUGAAUCAUUUAACUGUAUUAUUUACUGUUGUCAACUAAACCCAAAAUUAAACAUCUAGACUCAACCAUUUCUUAAGAAGAGCCACUUCAAUUCUUCUUGUUUUCUUCUAAACAUUCAGAAUUAUCUCCACUCAUAGAAAGUCUCCUCUGAUUAUAGUACAUGAUUCUGCCAUGCAGUUACACAUAAAAAGCAAGUGGAGUUUAAUCCGGUAUACUGAAAUGCAAACUUUUAGAUAUCACCCCCUACCAGCAUACCCAAUGUGCCAGAUUUUCAGAACACAUUACAUAUAUAUGUAAACUAGGGAUCACAAUCACAAUUUGCUUGCAGUAUAUGCCCAUGUAUUAGGAUGCACAUAACACCAUAGGGCUCAUUUACUGAUGGCAGGGCACAAUGUAAAGUGUGAAAAGCUGACACAAGUUGUCUUGUUUUGAGAACUUUUAAUUCUGCCAUAAUCUCAGCAGCUGUGGUUACCAGUGAGACCCUCUUGAAUACAGUACUGCCUGAGUUUGGUGGUUCUUUAUUUAUGAGGGGCAGUAAGGCAUAUAGGUGUACGCUAACUGGCACAUCCUUGAGAUGUGUAAGUUAUGUAGUGGCUGUGGGCAUAGACUGCAAGGGAGGCCUGUACUUACCACCUGCCCAGUACCAGGCACAACAGAGCCUCAUUGCGAUGACCAGUGCAAAACCAUGAAUGGGUGUGCUUUUCAAAUGAGCAGUAAGGGAUGCAAUUUUGCCAUAUGUAUCCAGUGUUUUCUUAAAUGACCCCUUCUAUGUGCAUAAUACAUGUUCACAUACUAGUAUGCUCAAAACACAAGUGCAUGAUGAUGUGAUUUCUGAAGUGUUAACACUUUAUUUAGCUGACUGAUCUCAACUCUUUUCUCCUUCAUAACCCAUACUGCUGAAGUGAAAGAGGCUCCUAAAAAGAGUCCGGUUCAAGAAGUGCCUGUUACCUAGCAACAAGAAUUAGAAGUUGUUUGGCCUUUAUAUAAAUGUGUCUGUGUUUUGGGUAUAUAUGGUUUAACAUUCAAAAAUCAAAUAGUAAUAAUAAUCAAAAGAAAACUGUUUUCUAUUUCUUAUAAAAAAAAAAAAAUAGCUGAUGAUUGUUAUUCAUUUGUUAUUUUAUUCUAAUCUAAAAGUAUAUGUGUGCUGAAAUUUGUAUAUACAAUUCUACGGUUUCAUUGUGCUAAUUUCUUUGUUGAAGCACUUUGUAGGCAGUUUGUAUAAUUGUUCUUGUCAAUAAGAAGAAAUCCUUCCUUGUAUCCUGCUUGUUAUAGAUCUUUUCUCCUCCUCCAGAAAAGGGGAUUAUUUAAUAUUGUUUGCUUGUAUCAUAACAGUUUAUUGUUAAAAUGUAAAUAUAUUUAUAGAUUUGGUAAAGGUAACCGUUUGCUGUGGGAAUACGAUAACUCAUCGUACAUAAAAAAUAGUCAUGUUAAAGUCCUUUGACUGGCUUAAGGCUUUUGUGAUUUUUCCGACACAUUAUACUGUAAAACAAAUGCCUUGACCAGUAUCCAUACAAAGUCAGGUGCUGAAUCCCCAUUUUCUCAAUAGACAUGUACUUUAAAAAAGAAAAAACAUAAAAUGUAAUUUUGUGCUAUGCUGAUUAUCAAUUUAUAAAAAACAUUCCAUUUAUUUUGUGGGUUGUUUUUUUGGGGGGGUAUGCCCCCCCAAAAUAAAUGGAAUGUUUUUUGUGUCCUAAAAAAUUGAAUGUUUUUUAUGUCCUAAAAUAUAUAUUCUUGCACACGCCAGUCACAUUUCAUUGUUUGUUGGCUGAAAAGAUUAAGGAAAAGUGAUUCAUGCAAAACCAAUCUAGUCUGUAAUAGCAACUUACUUGGUCUGCCGCUAAGUAAGAAAAAUUUCAGUCAUUUCUAACCUAUUCUGUCCUGGGAGUAACUGAGAGUUUCAAAUGUAAAAGUUAAUGAUGAAAAUGUGACAUUUUUGUUUUCUAGUUAAUCACAGAUGUCCAUCAUAUUUUUGUGGAAUUCCCUGCAAUGUUUCCAAACCAUGUUAAAUUAUUAGUUUGAUAAGCAUUUUGUUCAUAAUUCAUCAUGCACUACAAAAAAAUAUUAAAAUACGUUUGAAAGCC